AUGGCCGUUGCAUUUUUCCAAACGCUAGGCCAGCGAGCAUGGCUAACGAAGCCCAGAGCGGGAGGAGACUAUUCUUCCAUCUUGGGCGGAAUCACAGCUGCCGGACAUCGCAUCUCUGAGGACCACAACUCGGACGACGGCUUGCUCGAAAAGGGCCGCCACACGGCACACAGAGAGGCAGCUUCACCGCACCAGCCCCUCUGGAGAAACGGUCGCUUUCUGGCCUUCCACGUUAUCUUGUUCGCCAUUUAUCUCUUUGUCCUGUCCUUGGUUGCCAAUGCCAGUCCCCCUCGAUAUCCUGGACUCCCCUUUUCCCCGGCCAGAAGUGUUGUGGAGUAUGCAGAGAAAGGCUUCGACCUCGAGGACCGCAUUCAAGACGGGAGCCUCUACACCGGCAAGCCGAGCGCGCAGCUCGACAAGGCGUGGCAUGACCUUCUCAAUGGUACGGGCACUUUUUCCGUCUCAUCUCUUCGCGUUCGUUCGUUCGCUCGCUCACUCACGUGUGCUGUGCCAGACGAGAACAUUCUGCUCGAACCCGAGUACAUCCAGCAUUAUGGGCGGCAGGACACGGCCGUCGAGGUACCCGAGGGCGGCCGCUACAUCGGCACUCUGAACGUAUAUCACGAGCUGCACUGCCUGAAGCGCAUCCACCACUUCAUGUACUCGGACCACUACUUUCCAGGGCUCUCUACUCACCAGAAGGAGCUCAACCGGCUGCAUAACGAGCACUGCAUUGAUUUUCUCCGGCAAUCGGCCAUGUGCCACGCUGACAUCGGGCUCAUCACCUAUAGCUGGCACGCCGACCAACGAAUGCCCAUUGCCAAUGCAACAUCGCACCAGUGUGUCAGGUGGGACCGACUGGCCGCGUGGACGCAUGAGCGUGCAGUCGACAUGAUGAAGCCAGACUGGCUGAUGCAUCCCACAAUGGGGCCUGCGUACCCUGAUGGGCAGGGCGACAGCCUCGGUGCCGCCGAGUCGCCGCACCUUGGCCAUGAGCACAGUGGACAUUAG